GCGGGAGGUCGGUGCAUUGCUCCGCCCGCCCAUAAAAUGAUACUACAGUGAAAGUUUUAGAUUAUUUACAUAGUAAAUAUAACUAUUAAAGUCUCAAAAAUGUCCAAAUGUAAAAAACACUAAAUAUAAAAUGAAACUGAGAAAAAUAACGUGUAUUGGGCAUGCAAGUGAUAAAAUACUAGUGGCGGGAAACCGUUUUGAUAUCGCCUGACGUGUUGUGUCCUAUGUGUACAUAGAGCGAGUAGAGCCGUCUGCCCUAGAGGGCGGCCGACAUGCUGGAUUCGUCGUGAAUCGAUAUUUUUGGAACGUUGUAGAGCUAAAAUAAUGAGGUUGAGAAUUUAAUACAGGACAGAGGAUGGAAAAUGAGAAAGGCGAACAAUGACAGCAUGUCCCCGCCGCGAGCGAUGACCCCGGCCGCCGGGGGUCGCGAGCCGCCGGCGGGGCCCAUGCGGCACCACGCGCUUCUAAACCCGCCCUCGACACUAUAUUUCAUAAAAAAAUCCACGCUUAUUAGGCUAUACCUAUUUUCACUAUGUGCAAUAUCAUAUUUACGAAACGUCUCUCUACCGCGGAUACGCGUGAACUUUAAUUUUCCAAAGCGUCCGCUAGUUAAGUUAAAAGCGGCUGUGAAUGUUAAAUUACGAACUAGUAUGUUAUAUUCCGAUUUUAGAUGGUUAGUGAAAGCGUUAGAGCAAUUAUUAUUCGUUGUUGCCAAGUGUGUUGUGUGCGUGGCACGUCGUAGGGCCCGUGGGUGGGUCGUACUGGUACUUUUAUUGCAAUACUGCUCGUUUUCGGAAGGAAAACGAGACGAUGACCUACACAUAGGUGGAAUCUUUCCUAUGGAAGGGGAAGGGGGCUGGCAAGGCGGACAAGCCUGCAAACCGGCAGCAGAAUUAGCGCUGGCAGAUGUCAACGCGAGAUCUGAUUUAUUAUCUGGAUUCAAACUGCUUCUACACAGCAAUGAUAGUAAGUGUGAGCCGGGUCUAGGAGCAAGUGUGAUGUACAAUUUGCUGUACAACCCACCACAAAAGCUUUUGCUGCUUGCUGGCUGUUCUACUGUGUGCACGACUGUAGCUGAAGCAGCUAAAAUGUGGAACCUUAUGGUGUUAUGUUACGGGGCGUCAUCGCCGGCGCUAUCGGAUCGGGCGCGAUUUCCGACGCUGUUCCGGACUCAUCCAUCCGCCACGGUACACAAUCCAACGAGAAUCAAACUAAUGCAGAAGUUUGGAUGGUCGCGCAUUGCUAUUUUACAACAGGCCGAGGAAGUAUUUAUAUCAACGGUAGAAGACCUAGAAGCGCAUUGCAAGAAAACUGGAAUAGAAAUAGUGACAAGACAGUCCUUUUUAUCGGACCCGAGCGACGCGGUGCGCAACCUUCGCCGGCAGGACGCCCGGGUCAUCGUGGGCCUGUUCUACGUGGUCGCGGCCAGGCGGGUGCUCUGCGAAGUUUACAAACACAAGCUCUAUGGCAAAUCUUACGUUUGGUUUUUUAUUGGUUGGUAUGAGGAUAAUUGGUUUGAAACUAAUUUGGAGCGGGAAGGUGUGGACUGCACGGCGGAACAGAUGCGAGAGGCUGCGGAAGGUCACCUUACCACGGAGGCUUUGAUGUGGAACCAAAACGCGAACCAGACCACUAUCUCGGGAAUGACUUCAGAAGACUUCAGAUCCCGACUAAAUGAAGCGCUCCGGGAAGCUGGGUAUGACAUCGAUCGAGAGAAAUUUCCAGAAGGAUACCAAGAGGCACCUUUAGCUUACGAUGCAGUAUGGGCGGUAGCUCUCGCGUUUAAUAAAACAAUGGAGAAACUCCAGAAAAGCGGGCUGAGCUUGAAAAAUUUUACAUACACUAACAAAAAGAUCGCAGACGAUAUAUACGAGGCUAUAAACUCGACUUCAUUUUUGGGAGUGUCGGGAUUGGUGGCGUUCUCGUCCCAGGGAGAUCGAAUUGCGCUGACACAAAUAGAGCAGUUGUACGACAACCAUUAUGUGAAACUUGGCUAUUAUGACACACAAGCAGAUAACCUUACAUGGUUGGAACGCGAGCGCUGGGUUGGAGGGAAAGUACCACCAGACCGCACGGUAGUUGUGAACGAGUUGCGAACAGUUUCGUUGCCUCUGUUCGCCUGCAUGACUGCUCUGUGCAUAGCUGGCAUCCUCGCAGCGAUCGCUCUUAUCGUAUUUAACAUCAUGCACAGACAUCGACGGGUGAUCCAGUGGUCGCAUCCAGCUUGCAACACUGUAAUGUUGUGCGGGUGUUGCGUUUGCUUCGGGUCGGCUAUAGCGCUGGGCGUGGACGGGCGCUGGGUUCAGCCGCAGCACUUUUCGGGGCUGUGUGCGGCGCGAGCGUGGCUAUUGGCCAUGGGAUUCUCUAUGGCGUACGGUGCUAUGUUCACCAAAGUGUGGAGGGUGCACAGACAUACAACGAAGCCGAAAGUAGAAUCGAAGAAACGCAUGCACGGUUGGAAGCUGUACACUAUGGUGGGCGGUCUCCUCAUAGUAGACGUGGCAAUAUUGACCGCGUGGCAAAUACGGGAUCCGUUGCAAAGACGAGUCGAGAUAUUCCCUCUGGAAGCGCCUCGACACCACGACGACGAUGUUCAUAUACGGCCAGAAUUGGAACACUGUGAAAGCGAACAUAAUGCUGUAUGGCUGGGCGUAAUGUACGGCUACAAAGGGCUCGUAUUAGUCUUCGGGCUAUUCCUUGCCUACGAGACGCGGUCCGUGAAGGUUCGCUCCAUCAACGACUCCCGCUACGUGGGCAUGAGCAUCUACAACGUGGUGGUGCUCUGCCUGAUCACAGCACCGGUCACUCUGGUGAUAGCCAGCCAGCAGGACGCGGCGUUCGCGUUCGUUUCCCUUGCGAUUGUCUUCUGCUGUUUCCUGAGUAUGGCCCUCAUUUUUAUACCAAAGGUGAUAGAAGUGAUCAGGCAUCCAACGGAGAGAGCAGAGAGCGGUCGCGGCUCUAGCUCCGGGACUGCUCCCGCUGACGAAGAGCGCUACAGAGAACUAGUUAAGGAGAAUGAAGAACUGCAGAAACUUAUUGCUCAGAAAGAAGAACGUAUUCGCGUACUGAAACAGAAGUUGGCAGAGCGCGAGGCGGCCGCGGCGGACGGCGUGACGCAAGAUGUUCAAGACGAACACAUCUGAUCGCCCGCAAGGCAACCUUCAAUUAUUAUGUGACUUUAAAUGUAAUAAGUAGCUAUUUGUAAAUUAUUGUUAAAACUAUUAAAAUUAUAGUAGAAAAUUGUUUUAUGAAAUCAAUUAUCUAAUAAUAAGAAAUAAAGUGUUCUUAUAUAAUUAGACGACUGGUUAUGCGUUAGAUGUACCUAUUUAUCGUAUGAUUUUAGUUUAAUAGAAUAUUUAUACCUGUUGUAAUUAAAUUUCAUUUUAUUUUUUUGAUAUGUGCACAAAAUGAUACUGUAAUUAAUUUUAGUCAUAAAUCGGCUGUUGCUCAUUUUUGUUUACAUGUCUUAGAUAUUAAUUGUUUAUUAUCAAUUCAUUUUUUACGUACGUUUAGAGUUGUCAUACAAAUCUUAAAAUGUGUUUAUGAUCAACCUUCUUCCUAAUACUAAAUUAAUAAAUAUAACGAAAUACUACUUGCCAUUUAAAAUAAGAUAUAAUCAGUUAAAAACAUUAUAUUUACUGUUAUCGCCUACCUUAGAUUUGAAAUACAUUCAAAGUUGAGAUAAGGAUGUUUUUUUUUUAUAUUACAUAUCACACGGUACGUGUUAACAAAUACAAAUUAUUAAUAAAUUGUUGAAACCUAUUACUUUCAGAAACAUUUAUGGCUCUGUUCCAGUGAUAUCGGAUGCCAAAGGAAUGACGAAACUAUAGUGUAAAUAAUAGAAUAAUAAGAAAUAAAUAUUCUUGAAUUCCUUUUUAUUAGGUAGAUUUAGUGUGAAGCGUGAACCCACAAAUCAAACUACUUAGAUGUUUAAAUUAACGAAACUGUUAAAAGCACUGCCAAUUAAUACAUUAUAGAAUUGAAUUUAAGGAACAACAUUAGAUGUAGAUUCCAGUAAAUUAUUAUUUUUUAAACCUUUUUCUUUUGUUAUAAUCGCAAAAGAAAAUUUAUUCUAAUUUCUAGAUAAUUUAGGCUCAAAUUAUGCUUUCAUAAAUGAAGCUCAUUCAUGCAUUUUUAUACUUACGUGAUUUUCAAAGCUUUACAAAGUAGUUAUUUAGCUUUUAAUACAUAAUUUUAAUUUCUUACAAUAGGUUCCAAUGUAAAAAAUCGGCUUUAUAUUAGGUACUAAAUAGUUUCUUUUACACUUAUCUAUUUGCAUAAGUAAUCCAACAUUCACGUUACGUAACCUAAUUGUUUUAUUAUCAUUAAAUUAACAUUAUAAAUUGUUAGAAAAAACCGUCAAGACGUCAUCUCAGUCUCCCCGUGACCACGCUCGCUGUAAAGUGUUCGAAACGUCGGGAAAAUAAUAUAAUGAAUAAAUCGCGUUUAAAAUCCGUUAAAACGUCUUUAAUUUCUAAACCUAUUUACAAUAUUAGCAUAUAAUUUUAGUUUAUGUAUGGUAGGUAUUCUGAAUGGUGAUUUACAUUUGUACUUGUUGAUUUGUUAGCCAUACAAGAUUCAGGAUGAAAAUAAACUAAAAGAUUGCUCAACGUAGAAGCAUUAUGUUCAAUAUAUUAAUUUUACAUUAAGCUCGCUUGUUACCUAGAACAACGUUAUGAAGAUAAUAUUAUUUCAAGUGAACCUAAAUCUUCGAAUAUUGGAAUAUGCUGUUAGAACAAAGUUGGCAGAAAACAUAAUAUAUCUGCAUAUUUUAAAUAUUAUCGAUACACCCAAUUACAAAGAUAAUUUGAGUAUAAACAAAUAUUUAGUACAGAAUAUUCCUAUAAAUAAACCAACCCACUGUAUAAUCAUAUUAUUAUCUCAAAUAGUAGUGUGAUUCCACUGAGCUUUUCUUGGAAAUCGGAAAAACCAAAUCUCUUUUGGCCGAUGUUCAAAUCCACAUUCGUUACCGAAAAAAGAAACAUUACAUUUCAAAUGCUGUAUUCCUCUAUGUGGCUUCUUUUUAAUGUAUUUACAGUUUAUCUAUACAUGUAUGUAUCUAUAAUGUAAUUACCUUACACUAUAAUUACGUUUAACAAAAUUUUACUUUUAAUGAAUAUGCAAUUGUUUAACGUUAAAAUAUCUACGAAUUGAACACAUGAUGAAAUCAUUACUAUUAUAGCACGAAAUGAAAUGGAGAAAUGGAGAAUAUGAAACUGCGUUUUAGACUGUGGUUUUAGUCUUAUACCUACUUAACAAAAAUAUUCGAAAAUAUGAAAUUAUUUAAUUAAUUAUUUAUGUAU